AUAGCCCACACAGCAAAAGGUCAGCGCUGUUCUGUGGCCGCGGCGGCCACCGUUAUAUAAACACUGCUGCACCUCUCCCCUUGGACCCUUGUCCUCAAGCCACCACCACCACCACAACGGCACAACAGCACCGCGCCGGCUUCUUCUAGCUCAGUUGCUUGCAACGAGACACGCACAGAUCCACCUCGGCCUGACGGUUCGCGCUUGUUCUUGUACGGCGCCGGUGGCUAGCAGUUAGCCCUUUUGUUGUUGCCCACCACCUCAGUUCACUCACAUCACACGCGAGGCUCUUUUUUGUCUGCUGAGAAAGGGGUCUCUCUCUUAGCUUGGUGAUCCAUCGAUCGAUCGAUAGACGGCGACGACGACACCAUGGUGAGGCCACCGUGCUGUGACAAGGAGGGCGUCAAGAAGGGCCCGUGGACGCCGGAGGAGGACCUCGUCCUCGUCUCCUACAUCCAGGAGCACGGCCCCGGCAACUGGCGCGCCGUCCCGACCAGAACCGGGCUGAUGCGGUGCAGCAAGAGCUGCCGGCUGCGGUGGACCAACUACCUCCGCCCGGGCAUCAAGCGCGGUAACUUCACCGACCAGGAGGAGAAGCUUAUCGUCCACCUCCAAGCUCUCCUCGGCAACAGGUGGGCGGCCAUCGCGUCGUACCUGCCGGAGCGGACGGACAACGACAUCAAGAACUACUGGAACACGCACCUCAAGCGUAAGCUGCAGAGCGGCGGCGAAGGCGCGGCCAAACCGCCGGCGCACAGGCCGGCCUCGUCCUCCAAGGGCCAGUGGGAGAGGCGGCUGCAGACGGACAUCGACAUGGCGCGCCGCGCGCUUCGCGAGGCCCUGACGCCGCUCGGCGACCUGAAGACGCAGCAGCACGACGGCGUCGACGCGGCCGGCGCUGGCACCGGCGGCGGCGACAGCCCGGCGUCGAGCUCGUCGGGCGCGUCGCAGUGUUCCCCCUCGGCGGCCGCGCCGGGGCCGUACGUCCUGACCACGGAGAACAUCUCGCGGAUGCUGGACGGGUGGGCCGGCGGCAGGAAGGUCCGCCGCGGCGGCAGUGCCGGCCCAGGCACGCCCGGCGGGGCCGAGAGCGCGUCCACCGGAUCCUCGGACGCGUCGGAGGUGUCGUACGGUGGCGCCGCCGUCGCGUCGGCGGCGCCGGCCACGGCUGGGACCCUCUCCGAAUACGAGACGAAGCCGGCCGUCGCGGCCCCGCAGAUGCCGCUGUCGGCGAUCGAGUCUUGGCUGUUCGACGACGACAGCCACUUCCACCAAGUCCAGAACGCCAGCUUGCUUGACGUGCCCACCAUGGAUUACCCGUUCUAGCUAUAGCUAUAGUGUGUUCGAGUGAUGCCGCUCAAGCUAAUCACUUCAACCAGGGAGUGUGGUCACAGCGCCAUCGCCUAAAGAAAACUACAUAGAUCCUACAGUAUGUCAGUGACUAAUCGGUUGUUGCAAGUUAAGUUAGUCGCUUGAUCUAAGUACUUUACUUAGGAUCUGCAUAGUUUUCAUUUAGAUGAUUUCAAAGAACAUAGUAGAAGCACUCCUAUGUUAUUAUCCUUACUAAGACUGAAUAUGUUCUUGGGCCUUUUGGUUUUAGCAUCUUCAGCUACAACUCAAGUCGAUCCCCUUGUGCAAGUUGCAUAUUGUGUGAGAGAAAAUAACGCCAGUAUGUCGCAAACUUGUCAUAAAUUGUAUUGCUAUCACUAACAUAGCAGAUAAUUUUUAGUUU